AUGUUUGCUGUCCGAAGCUUUCUUUUACAAGUCACAUUUUCACAGCUUGGAGGCACACAACAAUGUCUCAGAAGUCUGUCAGGCUCGUCUAAUGUAGUCCAGAAGAACGAUGACAUGCCUUUACAGAUGGAGAAUCCAUACAAACAACCACAGAAGGGCUGCAUUCUCUGUAACAUCACAGUGGACUUCAAGAAUGUUCAGCUGCUGUCCCAGUUUAUAUCCCCACACACAGGAAGAGUUUACGGCAGGCACAUAACGGGUCUAUGUGGUAAGAAACAGCGGGAGAUCGCCAAAGCCAUAAAGAAAGCUCAUUCGAUGGGAUUCAUGUCUGUAACCCACAAGGACCCACAUUUUAUGAAAGAUCCAAACAUCUGUGACAUCCGGCACUUGGAGUAACUGUGUCCGCCUGUAUUGUGGAGCUAGUCUAGCAUAGAUACUGUAAUUGUGUAUUAAAACAGUUUUGAAUGUGGAA